CAUUUUUGCCACAAACCUUGAGCCCCACAUGUGUUCAUUCACCGCCAAUAUUAUCUCUCCCGAUGUUGUCGGGAAAGAUGUAGGUCACACGUUGACUGCACUCAGUUAUGGAUUGAUUGCGCUACUCAUUAGAUGAGGAUCGACUAGUUCAGGGAUAGAUCGAAUAAUUAAUCAUCACACAAUGGGUUUGUUCGCUUUUGUAGGAAUAGUUUUCUGCAUCGUCAACGCAGUGACAGCUGCGCCGUUCACUGGAUGGUUAUUCGGCGGGAAACAAAACGAAGAGCCUGCAGCUACCAGACCCACUAUAUUUGAUAAGGUCCAACAAUUAGGUGAAAGAGUCUAUGAAAGGAAAAGAGAGUUUCUAAAUGGUGUUAAUGAAAAGGUUUCCAAUCUCCUUUGGAUACCACCAUUGUAUACUACUACGGAAGAUGCACUGACUCCCCCACCCCAUGUGUACCAUGGUGAUCCUUAUAAGUACACAGAAAACAUGUCGGAUGAAGAUGAAAUACCAAAUGUUGAAAUAUAUGCCAGAAGCAGUUUUCUUUCUCCGGAGGAUCUCGUUUAUGCUACAACGCCCCCCGAACAGGAAAAACCAGCAAUGGUAACAUAUAACAUCAACAAAAACUUUAACAUUCUUGGGAGGAUUUGGGCUUAGGUAAUCGAUGUGUAAUAAAGCAAACUAUGAGUCUUCC